GCGCAGCCUGGUCACAUUGCACUCACGUACUCCACUUGCUGCCUUAAUUUCCCGCAGCAGCCGAAGCCCGUAGAAAAUUAGCCAAUUUAGCCGCCACGGCCAGGAUGAGUGAGGAAUUUAAGCUGCCCAAGCGGUCCCGCAAGCGUACCCGUGACGUGAAGCGCAAGGCCCGACCGGAGUUGGACGGCGAGAACGCGUGGUCCGCGAUGCGGUACUGCGAGAACUUUGAGCCAUUCUGGGAUUUCACAGACAACCUGGAGCGCAUCGAAGAGUCGGAGGUGCCGUGCGAGGAGUUCAUUGAACGUUUCGAGCGUCCCUACAAGCCGGUGGUCAUCCGCGGCUGCACCGACGGCUGGCUAGCCCUGGAAAAGUGGACCCUGGCCCGACUGGCCAAGAAGUACCGGAAUCAGAAGUUCAAGUGCGGCGAGGACAACGAAGGCUACUCGGUGAAGAUGAAGAUGAAGUACUACGUGGAAUACAUGCAGGGCACUCGUGACGAUAGCCCGCUGUACAUCUUCGAUAGCAGCUUCGGCGAGCACCACCGCCGGCGCAAGCUGCUGGACGACUACGUGGUGCCAAAGUACUUCCGGGACGACCUCUUCCAAUUCUGCGGCGAGAGCCGUCGUCCGCCGUACCGCUGGUUCGUAAUGGGACCAGCCCGGUCCGGCACCGGCAUUCACAUCGACCCUCUGGGCACAAGCGCAUGGAACACGCUCAUCCGCGGCCAUAAGCGGUGGUGUAUGUUCCCCACGCAAACGCCCAAGGAGAUGCUGAAGGUGACCAGUGCGAUGGGUGGCAAGCAGCGCGACGAGGCCAUUACCUGGUUCAGCACCAUUUAUCCGCGCACCAAACUUCCUUCCUGGCCGGAGCAGUACCGGCCCAUCGAGGUCCUGCAAGGCGAGGGCGAGACGGUAUUUGUACCCGGCGGUUGGUGGCACGUGGUGCUCAAUCUGGAUGACACCGUCGCCAUUACCCAGAACUUUAGCUCGCACACGAACUUUCCGUGCGUCUGGCACAAGACAGUACGCGGGCGGCCGAAGUUGUCCCGGAAGUGGCUACGCGUACUACGCGAGCAACGGCCGGAGUUGGCCCAGAUCGCCGAUAGUAUUAACAUUAACGAGAGCACCGGCUUCGCUUCGGACAGCUCCAGCAACUCUAGCUCUUCUUCCUCCUCGAGCAGUUCCUCUUCGUCGUCGGAGAGCGAGGGGGAGGGCGGCGAUUCUAACACGGACAGCGGGCAGGAGAGCCUCACUGCCAAGAAGAAGAAAAAACGGCGCAUGGCGGGGGGCAGCUCCAUGGGCGGCUCCUCGCGUUCCUGAUGCAGGGAGCGGGCCAAGCGCAAAGGCUUGCUCAUGCGCCUCUUCCAGCGGCAGCUAAUGCUGCUCCGGCGGCUGCCCCGCUGCCGGCGCAGUUAGCACUAGGAUCAGAGGAUCAGCCAGCGGCACCGCAAAUCUGGCCGAUUCACCACACAGUUUUGUAAUAUUUUUCUACAUAGACAAGCAAACGAACACAUGUUUUGCAGCUCUUUGAUUGCGUGCUUACCCCCAACGGAAGAAAGCCUGCCCCUGAUUUCAAUAGAUGCUCCGACUCAUGACUCAUUAGCGUAAAAAUUAUAUGCAACAAUAAAUAAAUCCAAUAUAUUUGUAA